AUGGAGAAAGAUGGGAAGAGCAACCUUGAAGAAGUUGUCUCUAUUGAUUUAGAGGAAGAUACAACUCCAAAAAUUGGAGAAAAUGCAGACACUAAAGAAGAUAUAACUCCAAAAAUUGGAAUGGAGUUUGAUUCAGAGGAUGAGGCAUACCUAUAUUAUAAUAUAUAUGCUGGAUAUGUUGGAUUCACUGGUUACAAGAAGGAAGUUGCAUAUGAUGGAAAGAAAUCUAGAAUGGAAUUAAGAUGCGGUUGCAAAACCCAAUUGGUUAUCGGUCGUCCAAAAAUUGGUAAAUAUUGUAUUACCCUUUUUGAAGCGAAACACAAUCAUGAAGUUGUAACUCCAUGGAGUAAACAUAAAUUGCCAUCACAAAGGAAGAUAUCAGCUGCCCAAGCAGCUGAAGCUAAAUUAGCAAAUCGCUCUGGGAUUAGGCAAAAAUUAGUUUUUGAGUUCAUGAGAAAACAAGCUAGAGGUAGAGAAAAUCUUGGUUUUACUCUUAAAGAUAUUAGUAAUCGUUUACAAUCUAAACGGAUGAGGGAAAUGAAAGAGGGAGAAGCAUUUACCCUUAUUCAUUAUUUUGAGAUGAGAAAGUCUGAAAAUGCUUCAUUUUUCUAUGAGAUACGGUUGGAUGUUGAUGAUCAAAUAACUAAUAUAUUUUGGGCAGAUCCUAAAAUGGUUGUGGAUUAUGAUUUAUUUGGUGAUGUAGUUUGUUUUGAUACUACGUAUCGAACCAAUAAAAACCAUCGUCCUUUGGCACCUAUAAUUGGAGUGAAUCAUCAUAGACAAACUGUGGUCUUUGGUGCUGCAUUGUUGUAUGAUGAAACAGCUGAAACUUUUUCGUGGUUAUUUCGAACCCUCUUAAAAGCGAUGUGUGGAAAGAAGCCGGUUACAAUUUUUACUGAUCAAGAUCUAGCAAUGGCUAAAGCAAUUGCAAAAGUAAUUUAA